AAAUAAAUUUAAAUCUCCCGCGUAAAGUAUUAACAAAUAAUGGCUAAAUAUUGCAACCUUUUUUCUUAAAGAAUUAAACAAACAAUAAGGUGCAAAAAUAUUGUGCUUCCAGCUCCAAGGCUUAACAGCUGGAGAGUUUCAGAGCCCUUCAAAACCGAAAGGAUCAUCGAAUCACCUUGAUUUUCUCACUGCCUUACACGAUCAAAGUAAAAUUAAGGAGAUGCAGAAGUCCAACAAGAACAAAAAAGGCGGCAAGAAUAAAGAGCAACAAAGUCAACCGAACAAGGAACCUGUGCCAAAGGUAGAAACUCCGAAGAAUGUCCCCUCAGAAACACAAAGCGAGAGUGUUGGCAAGAGCUACUCUAGAAGGAAAAUUGUCAGCAACUGGGACAGAUUUGAAGAGCCGGAAGUGUCUGUGAAAUUUAACGAACCCUACGUGCCAAUGGGGGAUGAUUUCAAAGAGCUCCUGGAGUUGCCCCAAACAGCAAAUUCUCAUUUAAUUUUGAAGUCUGAAGAACUGGAGCCGCCACCCAGCAGCGGCCUCUUUGCUCUUGAUCUAAAAACUUUGGCUGCUGGCUUGACCACUAUACCUUUUUACGAGCAGGUUGACAUUCCCAUCGACACAUUCUCGGUAGCAGAGGUUGAGUCGAUGAACCAAGUUGCGCUGGCCGCUAAACUUCAACACUCUUUGUAAUAAUAUGUCUACUCGGUAUACUCUAAGAUUUUGUAAUAUAAAAUUGCGUGGUGAUAAAAUUUGCCUCUAACCAAUAAUUAUCUGUGAAUUUUAAUAUAUUAUGUUCCUCUAGAGUAAAUACUUCACUGUGCAGACAAAAUUAAGAACAAAUUUAUUUCUU